UUGCUUCAGUGUAAUGUGAGGUGUGGAAGAGAACUAUAAAUGAUGCUGACCAGGAGUCCCUCCAUCACAACUAAGCAAGAGCUUCUGCAGAAAGAUUCAGAGAACUCAAACAGGUUUAAACCAGCGUCAGAAUGAUGACUCCUGCUCUCCUCUCUGUGGCUCUGCUGCUGCUGGUGCUGCUUCCUGGGGCCCCAGCUAGAAGGCGUAAAUCUGAAAGUCAUUCAUCUGAAAGUCAUUCAGAUGAAAUUAGUUCAGCUGAAGUUCAACCACCUCCAAAUUGUGUAACUCCCUUAAGCCUCCUGGUGUCAGACUCUGUAACCAACACUCCCAAUCAGACCUACAGCACGUGUGUGGUUUACAGAGGGAUCUUACUGGGUGGGAUGAGGAGACUGCAGGAAACAAACAAAAAGUUCCAGUUCACCUACACCGAGGAUGCCAACUACGGCCCAUAUCUGCAGAGUGUGAAUGAUCUAGAAGGCAGUACAGAGGACCGCACUUACUGGGAGCUGCUGGUCAAUAAAGGCAACGAAACCAUCAGACCUGAUGUUGGUAUUGGAUGUUACAUCCCGAGUGAAAAUGACCAAAUCAUCCUAAAUUUUAACAAGUACUAAAGGAUCCAGCGCCAAUGGAGAUCCCCGUGGGAUCAAAGCCAGAUGUAUUUCACACAUUCAGAUAUAAGUAAUAGUAUCCCUGAUGUAAACAAAAGAGGGGUUUGCAAGGCUUUUUGAUGAUUGUCUCAUGGAAAUCCACUUUUGCUUAAAAUUUCCUGCUUGAAUCAGAUAUUUCCUUGAUUUUUCUUCCUAUUACUCAGGCACUGUGAUUACAUAACACUAUAACAAUACUCACUUAAACAUGCUUUGUAUGAAUCUUUGUGUAUCAGGAAACAAACAAUAAAAUAUCCUUCACAGCAUUAAAA